AGGAUCGUGUCCGGAUCGAUCCUGGCACUCUGGGCACCCUGAAUCUCCAAGGGGGCCUACUCGGUGGAUGACGCUAGAGUCAGACCGAGGGGUGCCCACGUCAACUUCGCACCUAACCUUGGUGUCUAGAGUGUGGCCUUUGGGGGAAGGACCCGGAGGUUGUUCGGACUUGCGCGUCUGGCAGAGAGCAGGGCCCGAGCUCACUCUGUUGGGCCCUCCCGCUGAAUUUCAGCCUGGGGCGGGCGGAGGAGAAGCGCGAGAGUAGCGUGGAAAAAGCUUAAAAGAUGGGAGGGCUGGCGAAUGGGCAGCUGGGCUGUGGGUGUUUCCACACCCUUUCUGACCGCGGAGCCGGGAGCGGCCCGUGGGAUCCCUCUUCCCUCCCACCUUGUGCCUGCUUUCUCUGAGUAUGGAUGGCGUCUCUUUGCAUCAAGUAGUUUCACAGGAAGCGCUCGAGCGCUCCGCGUUCAGGACCGCACCCCCAGCGCCUCCCCGGACCUGGGCAAGCACUCGCCCCUGGCACUGCUAGCCGCCACCUGUAGCCGCAUCGGCCAGCCCGGAGCCGCUGCGCCCCCGGACUUCCUGCAGGUGCCCUACGACCCCGCGCUGGGCUCGCCCUCCAGGCUCUUUCACCCUUGGACCGCAGACAUGCCGGCGCACUCACCCGGCGCGCUGCCGCCCCCGCACCCCAGCCUGGGCCUGACGCCGCAGAAAACGCACCUGCAGCCGUCCUUCGGGACGGCGCACGAGCUGCCGCUCACACCCCCUGCCGACCCUUCGUACCCCUACGAGUUCUCACCCGUCAAGAUGCUGCCCUCGAGCAUGGCGGCGCUGCCCGCCAGCUGCGCGCCUGCCUACGUGCCCUACCCUGCGCAGGCCGCGCUGCCUCCCGGCUACUCCAACUUGCUGCCACCGCCGCCACCGCCACCGCCACCGCCGCCCACGUGCCGCCAGCUGUCCCCCAACCCGGCCCCCGACGACCUCCCUUGGUGGAGUAUCCCGCAGGCGGGCACUGGUCCGGGGACCUCCAGGGUUCCGGGGGGCAGCCUCUCCGGCGCCUGUGCCGGGGGCCCCCACGCACCCCGCUUCCCUGCCUCAGCGGCCGCCGCUGCUGCGGCAGCCGCCGCGGCGGCCCUGCAGCGGGGCCUGGUGUUGGGCCCGUCGGACUUUGCGCAGUACCAGAGCCAGAUCGCUGCGCUGCUGCAGACCAAAGCCCCCCUGGCGGCCACGGCCAGGAGGUGCCGCCGCUGCCGCUGCCCCAACUGCCAGGCGGCUGGCGGCGCCCCCGAGGCAGAGCCGGGCAAGAAGAAGCAGCACGUGUGCCACGUGCCGGGCUGCGGCAAGGUGUACGGCAAGACGUCGCACCUGAAGGCACACCUGCGCUGGCACACGGGCGAGCGGCCCUUCGUGUGCAAUUGGCUGUUUUGCGGCAAGAGCUUCACGCGCUCGGACGAGCUGCAGCGGCACCUGCGGACUCACACGGGCGAGAAGCGCUUCGCUUGCCCCGAGUGCGGCAAGCGCUUCAUGCGCAGCGACCACCUCGCGAAGCAUGUCAAGACGCACCAGAAUAAGAAGCUCAAAGUUGCUGAGGCCGGGGUCAAACGAGAAGACCCGCGGGACCUGUGAGCCCACCCCCGGGGGGACUCGAGGCCUCUCCCGCCUCGGACUCCGGUCCCACCACCUCUUUUCGGGGAGGUUCCGGGGCUCUGUGGGCACCUGGCCGAGGGAGAACCCAGCAGGCACUUGCGCCUUCCUGCUGCGCGUCUCCCAAAGCGGCGCCAGGCUCCCAGCGUCCUUGGCCCGACCUGCGGACAGGGACCCUGUGCCUAGAAGAAGCAGGGGAGGUAGGGUUGGGAACUCUGCGUCACGCAAGGGUGGUUUCAAGCUCUGAACCAUUCAUUCCCACCGUCUGGGAGCUCUCCAGUUUUGGGGAACCACACUGAGCUGACCUUGUAUAUAGGAAACACUGCUAAAUUAAAGCAGAAGGACCUUGGGAGAUUUGAAAUAGUGCUCGGUUUGUCUUUCUUUCUUUCCUUUUUUUUUUUUUUUUUUUUUUUUUGUCUAGGACCGGGCCGAGCUUUGUACAGGUUAUUUAAAUAGCUUUGUUAAAGAAUAAUUAUAAUAAUUAUAACGUUAAUAAAAAUGUUACCUUUUGUCCUCAGCUCCAUGCAGAGCUACAGCAUGAAAUGUCUCUGUAAAGCAAUCAGCAGUUGCAGCGUGAAAAUAAAUACGUUAACUCCGGGGUCACCUCGGGACCCGGCUGAGCCAGUCUCAUUUGAUCUUUUCUUCUUCGGGAGGCUUUAUAAAGCGGUCAGGUUUCACCUCGAAGACGGUUCCUGUAGGCUACCUCAGUGGAGGUUUCUUUGGUUUGGAAGGGUCUGGGCAAGUGUGUUGGGUGAAUGGACCGAGGAAGCAGGGCAGGGUCAGAUUUGUGGUAAAGAGGAUAGAUCAUGCGGC